CCAAUAAUUAAAAAUCAAAAUUAUUUUUUUAAUUGAUAUCUCCCAUACAACGUCCAAUUCCAAUCAGAAAACAAUAAUCAAUAUUCAACUUUUCAUGGAAAUAUUUACUACAAGAGAGCUUCUGUAAGCUAGUUAAAAUCAUUCGAUAAAUAACAACUUCUCGACUUUAACGAGCAAAGAUUUUCAAGUCAACAAGAAGAAAAAAGAAUCCCUUGCCAGCGAGUAGACGGCGAUAAAAAUCCAGAGCGCUCUGCUUCAAACGAAGCUUGCACGAAGUGAACGCACUCGCGUGAUCUACAAAAAAGCUAAGCCGUGAAAAAACCGAGCAGUCGAGUUCCGUCACGUUUGCGAGCUAGCCAGAAAAUCGGAGGGGAAAUGUCCCGAAAUAUUUGUAUUACCACUGGCGCGGGUUAGAAGAGGGUUGGAAAGCAUCGCGUUUGUUUAACGAGCACCACAAAAAAGAGAAUGCAGAGAACUAAGCGACGAAUAAAUUCAGGAGACAGAAUAAUAGCUUGUGCUCGAUUAAAAAGAGCUACAAUCAGUGGGACGGAAGAAAUCGAGUAAAAUAAAUAAAGAGAUUAUGCUAAAAAAUGAUGCUACUGAAAUGUACAAAUACAGGAAAAUAACUGCAAAGAAAAUAAGAAAUUGGAAACACAAGAAUAUUUUUGAUGUUUCAAAUUGUCAAAGAUUGAAAACUCAAACUUUUUCAAGAAGAAAAUUCGAUAAGAUAAGAAACUGAAGACUUCAACUUUCUUCAAUUUCCUCAAAUAAAAAGAAAAACAUUUUUCGGUAGAAAGUUCUUAACUCAAUGAUAUCGAAGUAAAACGUGCGUGCACGAAAGAUCCAAAGGAGGAAGGCGUAAAUCUAUGGGCGCCACACUGUCUGCGGCUAACGCUCGAUAAACUACAUUACGUGCUAACGCGUGAUAGCUUCUAUUUCUUCCCCAGCUUCUCCUUUUUGCCCGUGGUCGCCUCUCCUUUUCUCGUUGCCUGCGCCGCGAACCAUGUCAACCACCGGCGAAGGUCCUAUUGCCAAGGGAAACUGUGUCACAACCUCCAUGGACGGCUUCAACGUUGCCCGUAUUAAAAAAAAUAUGUAAUCCAGUAAUGUAGGACUUGUUUGUUCCUAUAAGGAAAAUGUGUAAAGAGACCCGCAAUGGAUUACAAAUACUCAAAGCGUACCUGAAGCUGUUUUUAAAGAAGGCGUAUAAUUUCUAAUGUAUGAUUUUAAAGGAUCAACGAGACCUGCAAUACGUAUUGGACAUAAAUAUUGAACAAGCAUACACGUGAAAGGUAACAAAAGAAAAUGAGCAAGAUUUUUAUCAUGAAUCUGGGAAUCAUUGAAUUCAAAGUAUUGUCUUCUAAGAAUCUUGAAACGUUUCGAUUCAAUUUGAAUUCGCGGAUACGUGAAAUCCCGCCAUCUCUGAACGAUUGUCCUGCAACACAGAUCCUGAUGGUAUCAGAGUGCAUCGAUGACGACAAACACAUCUGUGACGUGAAAUGCAGCAGUGUUCGGCGGCGUAGCGCCGUUGCAGUUCAGCGCUGCGCAUGUACAGGCAAUCGAUUGAUGCGCGCCGAGGUUUGAGUUCUAGAGCUGCGCAUCUCGUGCGAAGCGCAAAGCGACCGAGAGCAGAACACGCGUGCAAUCAUUUGCCAUGCUGCAACGAGAAAGCCGCAUUCAGAAACAGUGAGAGAGAAUCAAGUUCCGAUGUGUUCAACCGCAUAGCAGCGGUUGGAAAAGUAAACUAUAGUUCAUCGCAGAAUGCAGUAACCAUGAUGCAGAAAGUGAAGCGGAUGCACGUAAUCGCGAUGAUCGACUUGGAAUGUAAAUUAACUGAGUAAUUAAUUGUUCCUUGACAUCAGAAUUCUUUCGGUGAUCGAACCGAACUUGAUUCGGCACGAUGCCGAAAAAAGUACCAGUGGAGGAUUUGGUAGUCCCGCCGCAAGAUAAGUGCAUUUGCGGGACCAUUUGCAUCUGCCAAAUGACGGCCGUCUUUUCAGCAGUCGCUUUGGUUUAUCUCACAGUGGCAAUAUACAUGCCCAGCACCAGAGCCUUCAAAUCGGGCAUUAGCGAAGUUCCAGCGAUGUGCACAACGAUACGUGCGGUAAAUGCUGACAACUGUGAUUGGGGCAGCUGUGGAGAAUGGUGCCUCUCAAAAACAUCUGGUCCCUGUGUUCAGAUCCACGUCAACCUCCGUAGAAACGGAUCGAGAAUACUGUUAGCGAACUGUACCAACACUACGAACAAGACUUGCUACGGUAUCGAUCAAGAGAACGCCAAGAAAUCGAAAUGUAUCGCGGAUGAGUGUCGAAACUUGACGGGCACGUUCAACUGCACAUCCGGCGUGUGCAUCAACAUAACCGACGCGUUCGAGUGCGUAUUCCACGACACUGAUCCACCGAUGAAGUGUUCCGGUAGACGCGGUAAAAUAACUUGUAUAGAUAUAGACGGUUUGUUCAAUUGUCUCCGUGGGACUUGUGAACGUAUACGAACGCCGUAUAAUUGUGAUCGCCGGUGCGUGGAUAUCCCGACCAGAAAUAAGAACAUGAUCCUGCUCAGCGGUGACAAAGUCUAUUUGAGUCAAUGCGAGAGAGCUAUAGACGUUGAAACCAAUCGAGAAGUUUGGAACGAAGAUCGAGGCGAUGUUAUGAUGGCGUCUUGUUAUGGAAUAUUUAAUUCUACUUCGGGUGUCGAGGCUGUAGACUGUAUCAACGGCUCCGUUUUAGAAAAGGAACUUCUCACCGAUUUGACUAAUUUUACUUAUUUGUCUUAUCUCAACAUAUUCGCAACGAAACCGCUGGACGAAACCAAAAUAGUUGCACCACCUGAGCAGGAUUUGAUCAUUGCGAACGAAAGCCGAUUGUUGAUCAAUUUAGAGGGCUGUGUGAAUACUCUUCGUGACGAAUGUAAGGAGUUUCUUCAUUUGUACGGUAAAGAUGGAUCCGAUCACAACGCGCGAGCUAGAUUUCCCUGUUUUUAUGCCGAAAGUAACACCGAUAUAGUCGUGUCCCGUUUCAACUUGGAGAACACGUACAAAGAGUUUCUGAUCGCGUUGGUGAUACCGAGCACCCUGUGCGUUGUCAGCUGUCUGACGCUGAUCGUUUGUCAGGUCAGCGUGGUUGUCGGUGACGAUGCCAAAAUGCGAUUCAAGGGCUCGGCUGGUGCACGGCUGGAGAAGAGCACUUCGGGUAAUCUAGGGGAUGCUGGCGGAGGAGAUUCUGCUAUGGCGCUCUGAGAUCCGUCACGCAUUCCCCUCCUGGAGUAGAGUCCGGCUCGUCAGUCGAUAUUCUCCCUGCGCGGGCAUUAUUAAGGUGUGGGGAGGGGGGGAACGCGUGGCUAAAAUUCUCAUCUUGGAAAAGGUACUACAAAACAAAAUACAAAUAUUCCUGCAAUAAACGCAAACUAUCCUCGAAAAGUGAUUAAGCAAAAGAAAGAGAGAAGGCGAACGAUCGAAGACAAGUACCAAGCGAAAAAGCAACAAGAUUUCUCCUACUUACACUGCCUGCACACAAGAAACACUGCAUCGAGAGCUGCACGUGCUUUCUCUAAAAAAGAA